AUGUCCAGCCAGUUCGAGCUCGCCCAGAACCCGACCGAGCCGAUAUCCGCCGUCCGAUUCUCCCCGCGCACCCCCACGCGACUGUUGGUCUCGUCCUGGGACCGCCACGUCUACCUCUACGACACCCACAGCGAGCCCGGCGGCCAGCUGCUGCACAAGUUCGAGCACCGCGCGCCCGUGCUAGAUGUUUGCUUCGGCCGCGACGACAAUGAGGCCUUCAGCGCAGGGCUGGACUGGGAAGUGCGAAGAAUCGACCUCGCCACAGGCGCGCAGACGGUCCUGUCGACACACGCCCAGGGCGUCCGUAACAUCCUCUUCUCCGCGCCCCACAAUCUCCUCAUCUCCGCCUCAUGGGACUCGACACUGCACCUCCACGACCUCUCCACCCCCGGCGACUUCUCCUCCAUCAACCUCCCUUCCAAGCCCUUCUCUCUCACCGCCUCGCCCACAAAACUCGUCGUCGCAAUGGCCAGCCGCGCAGUCAACAUCUACGAGCUGGGCGCGCUAUCGAGCGCCGCAAAGCAGGGCGGCGGAGAAGCAGUCAACGUCGAGCCCUGGCAGCGGAGAGAGAGCUCUAUGAAGUACAUGACGCGCGCUGUAGCCUGCAUGCCCAACGACGCUGGGUACUCGAGUUCGAGCAUCGAGGGCCGCGUGGCCGUCGAGUGGUUCGACCCGAGCGACGAGUCGCAGUCGAGGAAAUACGCCUUCAAGUGCCACCGCCAGAACGUCGACGGCCAAGACGUCGUCUACCCCGUCAACGCCCUCGCCUACCACCCCGUACACGGCACGUUUGCAACCGGCGGCGGCGACGGCGUCGUAGCCCUGUGGGACGCAGUCGCCAAGAGGAGGAUACGACAGUACCAAAAGUUCCCCGCGAGCGUCCAGACAAUCGAGUUCUCCGCAGACGGCAAAUUCAUGGCCGUCGGCGUCAGCCCAGGUUUCGAAGACGGCGUCGACGACGUCCCCGACGGUGUCAUCAAGGUCUUUAUCCGCGAGCUCAGCGACUCGGAAGCUCAGGGCAAGAAGAAGUGA